CCAGCUGACAGCGAGCUGUAUGGCAUAGAGGCCGAGGGGCAGUGCCAGGGGCCACCCAAAGCCCCCUCCCAGGUCCUUCCACACCAGGUCCCUGCUAAUGGCCUGGGAAAACAGCAGAAAAUGGCCUGAGUAGUUGGAUCCUGCUAACCACGGAGAAGACCUGGAUGGCGUUCCUGGCUCUCACCUGGGUCAGCCUGGGUUGUUGAGGUCACUAGAGAAGGAACUUCUCUUUCCGGACCCAGCAGCAAUUUCUGAGAGCACCUGGACGAUCAGCUGAGCACAGCUCCACUGGAGGACAUUGGCUGGCACAGGGGUGCAGCAGAGCCAGCAGCACCGAGUGACCAUGUGGAUGUGUGCUCAGGAAACCUUCUUCCAGCCCUCCCAGAUUCUCCUGCUGGUGGGCAUUCCCAUGGCCAGCAUCCUCCUUCUGGUCCAGUGCCUUCGAUGGCACUGUCCUUGGUGGCUGUCAGGGGCUUGCCGGAAGCCAGAUGCCCAAGAGGAGCCAGUAUCCCAGCCCAUCCCCCUGCCAGAGGAUGAGCCCCCAAGGCAGUGCCCGCCAGCCACUCUGUCAGAGAUGGCUGCCUUCUACCAGGAGCUACACACGCCCACCCAGGGCCAGACCAUCGUCCGCCAGCUAAUGCACAAACUGCUUGUAUUCUCUGCCCGGGAGGUGGAUCAUCGUGGCGGUUACCUGAUGCUCCAGGAUGCUGGCAUCUCCCUGCUCAUCCCUCCAGGUGCUGUGGCUGUGGGCCGCCAGGAGCGGGUGUCCCUAAUCCUAGUGUGGGAUCUGUCGGAUGCACCGGCAUUGUCCCGAAGCCAGGGCUUGGUGAGCCCUGUGGUGGCAUGUGGUCCCCAUGGGGCUUCAUUCCUACAGCCUUGCAUCUUGACCUUCAAGCACUGUGCCCAGCAGCCUGGUCAAGCCCGCAUCUAUAGCAGCAAUACCACCCUACUGGACAGCAAGGCCUGGAAGCCCCUGGGUCGUCAGGGGGCGUAUACCUCCCGGGAUGAGUGUCGUAUCCAGCUGUCCCACUUCAGCCUGUACACCUGCGUGCUGGAGGCCCCCCGGGGGCAGGCUGCCCGCAAGUGGCUGCAGCUAGCUAUCUUCUGCUCGCCGCUCGCACCGGGGCAGACACACCUGCAGCUGCGUGUCUACUUCCUCAACAACACUCCCUGUGCCCUGCAGUGGGCUGUGACCAACGAGCAGCCCCAUGGAGGGCGCCUGCGUGGGCCUUGCCAGCUCUUCGACUUCGCUGGGGCCAGGGGCGACCAGUGCCUGAAGCUCAAGUACAUCUCUGAGGGUUGGGAGAAUGUGGAUGACAGCAGCUGCCAGCUGGUUCCCCAUCUCCACAUCUGGCACGGAAAGUGCCCCUUCCGUUCCUUCUGCUUCCGGAGAAAAGCAGCCAAUGAGAGUGAAGACUGUUCUGCACUAACCAAUGAGAUCAUUGUCACCAUGCACACCUUCCAGGAUGGCUUGGAGACCAAGUACAUGGAGAUCCUCAGAUUCCAGGCAUCGGAGGAGGAAUCCUGGGCAGCCCCGCCCCCCGUGUCCCAGUCACCUCCAUGCAACAGGCUGCCCCCAGAGCUCUUUGAGCAGCUACAGAUGUUGCUGGAGCCAAACAGCAUCACGGGCAAUGACUGGCGCCGGCUGGCCUCCCAUCUGGGGCUCUGUGGCAUGAAAAUUCGGUUCCUGUCCUGCCAACGCAGCCCGGCUGCCGCCAUCCUGGAGCUGUUCGAAGAGCAGAACGGCAGUCUGCAGGAGCUGCACUACCUCAUGACGAUCAUGGAACGGCUGGACUGUGCCUCCGCCAUCCAGAACUACCUGAGCGGAUCGCGAGCCAGCAGCCCCGCCCCGGCCCGCGGGGGCGCCCAGGACAACAGAGGCGUGGAGCUGGACGAGAAAUUCUGAGCCGCCGGCGUGGGCACGGGGAGACUGGCAGGGUGCCUCUCCCCGCCCCCUCGUGUCCUUGGACGCCUCCAGCAGCAGCGCCAGGCUGCGCCUCCUCCUCUGGACUCUCGGAGGUGCAAGGGGAGGCCCGCCGGCUUCCCGCCAGCUGGGGCUGGCGGACUUUGCCCCGCGUGCAGGGCGCUCCUGCUCAGCAGGGGGCGCGGGAGCCCAGGAGAUGGCCAGGGCUGCUCGUUGGGGU